GGCUAGCAAUUGGGUAGCACAAAUAUUUGAAAAUUUCCAAUUUUAGUCAUCAGCAACUUGUCCAGUAUUUUUUGUAUCAUACCUAAUAUCAUACCUAAUAACUAUAAUGAUAUACGGGAGAUAGAAUUGGAAUAAGGAAAUCUGAAAAUAGUGAGGUUUCUCAAUUCCUACUUCGUCAAUUGGAUAUUGAACUGUUCUCGGCCCAGGGUUUUUUUUUUCUUUUCUUUCUUAUCUUUCCUCGUAUCGGCAACGGACAUCCAUCCAUCCUACGGAGUUCAACUUCCCACUUGACCCGGACAAACCUUUUCAUUCAUCCGUUGUGUAGAGAAAGGGGGAAAAGCAAAUCAAAAUCCAAAAAAAAAAGGAAAGAGAACAAUAGGAGAAAUAAAAAAAAUGGAAACCUUCACAAUCCGCACCCCGUGCUCCUCCGCCAACAUCGGGCCGGGCUUCGAUGUCAUCGGGCUAGCGCUGUCCAUCUACCUAGAACUGAAGGUGACCAUCGACCGGUCCAAGAAGUCCACGGAGCCGCUGAACUGCCGCAUCACCUACGAGGGUCAGGGGGAGGGGUCCGACGACGUGCCGCUGGACCCGGCCGCCAACCUCAUCACCCGCGUCGCGCUGUACGUCCUCCGGUGCCACGACCAGCGCGCCUUCCCCUCCGAGACGCACGUGCACAUCAUGAACCCCAUCCCCCUCGGCCGCGGCCUGGGCUCCUCCGGCGCCGCGGUCGUGGCGGGCGUCAUGUUGGGCAAGGAGGUCGGCGGGCUGGAUUUGACCGAUGAUCGGCUAUUCGACUUUUGCCUUAUGAUCGAGCGCCAUCCCGACAACGUGGGAGCCGCAUUAUUCGGAGGAUUCGUGGGCACGUAUCUGAAGCCGCUGGCGCCCGAGGACGUGGCCCGCGUCGAGAUCCCGCUCAGCGAGGUCCUGCCCAUGCCAGCCGGCGGCCUGGAUACCGGCGAGCGGCCCCCGGAGCCGCCGCACGGGAUCGGGCACCACAUCAAGUUCCAGUGGGCCAAGGAGAUCAAGGCGGUCGCCGUCAUCCCCAACUUCCAGGUGCCGACGGCGAAAGCACGUGAGGUGCUGCCGAAGGAGUAUCCCAGACAGGACGUGACCUUCAACCUCCAACGCAUAGCCCUGCUCCCCGUCGCUUUGGGCCAAUCCCCGCCAGACCCGGACCUGAUCUACCUCGCGAUGCAGGACAAGCUGCACCAGCAGUACCGGCAGACGCUGAUUCCGGGGCUGGGCGAAAUCGUGGAGUCGAUGUCGCCGAGCACGCAGGAGGGGCUCCUGGGGGUCUGCCUCUCGGGCGCGGGCCCCACCAUCCUCGCCCUCGCCACCAGCAACUUCGAGGCCAUCGCCGACAAGAUCAUCGCCCGCUUCCGCCGCGAGGGCAUCGACUGCCAGUGGUUGAUUCUGGAACCGGCUGAGGGGACGAAGGUUAUUCGGUGAAGCAAGGGUGAUUGAGAAAAAAAAAAAAAGCGCUACCAUAGGUAGGUAGUGAAUGAAUCGGUAGGAAGAAAGGAAGUGUGUGAGCAAGCAUAGACAUCUACGUCAAGCCAAAGGUUUAAUACCCACGCACGCCGUCGCGCGUCGCCGCGGAG